CGUCACAGCUUACCUACCUGUCUCUUCUCUCAAUUUGUAAUUUCUCUCACUUCUAGCAUCCACUUGUAAAUCUUACUCCAUAUUCUGUUCUUGCAGCAUCUGUCUCACGCGAUAUAUAUUAAUCUCUCCAUCUCUCGGUCUCUCCUACUACCAUUAUGAGUCUGAGCCGGUCCAAGCGGAUCAGCACCACCGGCUCGAUGCGCAGCGGCAGCGCCGUUCAACGGAGGCUCAGCGGCUACGGUGGCCAGGGAGCGGGCGGUUUCAGCGGCAUGUCUCUGAGCAGCAGCUCGCUGUACGCGGGCACCAACGGGCACCACUCUUGCCUGGCCUCCCCGCUAGCAUCGCUGUCAAUUAACAAGAGCCUCCUGGCACCGCUCAACCUGGAGAUAGACCCCAACCUGUCCAUGAGUCGAGCGCACGAGAAGGAGCAGAUCAAGAGCCUCAACAACCGCUUCGCCAGCUUCAUAGACAAGGUGCGUUUUUUGGAGCAGCAGAACAAGAUGCUGGAGACCAAGCUGGACCUGAUGCAGGGCCAGGGGGUGGGCCGCUCUAACGUGGAGCCCCUGUUUGAAGUUUACAUGGGGGGCCUGAGGCGCCAGAUGGACCUGGUCAACAACGACAAGACCAAGCUGGACGGAGAGCUUAGAAACAUGCAGAUCCUUGUGGAGGACUUCAAGCACAAAUACGAGGAUGAGAUCAACAAGAGGAACAAUCUGGAAAAUGACUUUGUCAUCCUCAAGAAGGACGUGGACUCAGCCUACCUGGUGAAGGCAGACCUGGAGGAUAAGGUCGGUUCGCUGACGGACGAGAUCAACUUCCUGAGGAACAUCUACGACGAGGAGCUGCGGGAGCUGCAGGCCAGCAUCAAGGACACGUCGGUGGUGGUUCAGAUGGACAACAGCCGCAGUCUCAACAUGGAGCAGAUUGUGGCCGAGGUCAAGGCCCAGUAUGAGGACAUCGCCGCCCGCAGCCGCGAGGAGGCUGAGGACUGGUACAAGAGCAAGUUUGACCAGAUGGCGACGCAGGCCAGUCAGUUUGGGGACGAACUCCGCGUGGCGAAGGCAGAGCUGGCCGAGGUCAACCGACUGAUCAGCCGCCUGCAGAGCGAGAUAGAGGCUGUUAAGACCCAGCGUAUGAGCCUGGAGAAUGACCUGACCGAGGCAGAGGAACGUGGGGAGUUGGUGGUGAAGGAGGCCAAGGCCCGGAGCCGAGACCUGGAGGAUGCUCUGCAGAGAGCCAAGCAGGACAUGGCCCGCCAGCUCAGAGAGUACCAGGACCUGAUGAACCUGAAGCUGGCCUUGGACAUCGAGAUCGCCACCUACAGGAAACUACUGGAAGGAGAAGAGGACAGAAUUGGACAACAGUCUAUUCUUAACAUCCAGUCUGUCCCCAACUACAGUUCGAAGAGUACUAAUGGUUUCCAAGGUAACGGCGGUUCUCCUGGAUCAAGAAUCCUGAUCAAAACCACUGAGACCAGAGACAGCUCAAGAUACUCCUCCCACUGAUACAUACACAUGCACACUCACUGGUACACACACACACACACACACACACACACACACACACACACACACACACACACACACACACACACACACACACACACACACACACACACACACACACACACACACACACCUCUCUCUGAUACAAAUACACCUCUGAUUGAUACACACACCAUACAAAAACACCCACACUCCUCUCACAGACACACACACACAAAUACACUCUUUCUCUCGCCAUCUGUCACACACACAAACACUCACACACACACACACACACACACACACAACCACACCCUGGACGUGAGUUUAAGGAAGUUUAGAGAAUGUAGCGCUCAUAAAAGGCCAUACUAUAAUAACUUGCCCUUCAUGAUUUAAAGUGUAUUCAAUAAAGUGUAAUCAAGCUUUUAAUCUGGGACAUGGGAAUAUACUUUAGACACAAUAUAUAAAAAAUAUUUUGAUAGCGAGACUCAGAUUCGAUAAAUAAUACUUUAUAUUGUGCAUGUGGGUCCUUUCAUACUCUUAUACUGGGUUUUUCAUGAUUCAAAACAUUUCAGUCUUGGUAAAAGAUCCAUCGGUAAGAUAUACUGUAUAAUUAAUGCAGUGUUAAUAAUACUCUUUUAUUAAUAAUGUAUUAUUAUUCUGCAUUAUAAUGUGUUAUUAAUACUGUAGAAUAGAUCUGUAGCCUGGUGCUGUGAGGUGGUAGUGUGGAUAUGAAUAAACGAUUUCUUCAUAGUGAUUUCUGGAUAUAUAUAUAUAUAACUAUGAUAUUAUUCUACAAUAAUAAUAAAACCUCACUGAGACAAAA